AUGUUAUCUCUACAUAAACAACUAUUACGUUCAUCAAAUUUUUCUGGAUAUACAUUUAAAAUAGCAUCAAUAUUAAAUUAUAGUACACAUAAACGACAUAGAACUUCAUCGAAUUCACCACAUCAUCAUCAUGCUUCUCAUCGAAUAAAUCCUAAUAAAACUAAUAAUCAAACAAAUACUUUACGUCGACUUUUUCAACCGAUAGAUGUUAAACCUUUGAUUACUACAGAUAAACUUGAUUCAACAUCAUCAAAAGAUUCUGAUGCAGAUAUUGGACGUGAAUUAACUGGCGGUAAAACGCUGGAACGAAAUGCACUUCUUCGUGUUAUAACGGAUUUUUAUCGUCGCGAUGAAAUUAAAAAAUUGGCUGCUGAUCAAGGACUUGAUAUUCGUCUUUUUCAAGAUGCAUAUGUUAGUUUUAGAAAAUUUUGUAUUCAAUCAACAGUUUUACCUGUUGAUUUACAUAUUGUAUUAAGUGAUAUUAUAUCUGGAUCUGGUCAUGUAACUGAUAUAUUUCCUUAUUUUUUACGUCAUGCACGAGAAAUGUUUCCACAUUUAUCAUGUAUGGAAGAUUUAAAAAAGAUAAGUGAUCUUCGAGAUCCAGCAAAUUGGUAUCCAGAUGCACGAGCUAUACAAAGGAAAAUUAUUUUUCAUGCCGGUCCAACAAAUAGUGGAAAAACAUAUCAUGCACUUCAAAGUUAUAUGAAUAGUGACAGUGGAGUUUAUUGUGGACCAUUAAAAUUAUUAGCAUCUGAAGUAUUUUAUAAAACAAAUGCUGCGGGUACAAAAUGUGAUUUAGUAACGGGUGAAGAACGACGAUUUGCUGAUCCUGAAGGAAAACCAGCUAAUCAUGUAGCAUGUACAGUUGAAAUGACAAAUCUAACAACUGUCUAUGAUGUCGCUGUUAUUGAUGAAAUUCAAAUGAUGCGUGAUCCACAACGUGGUUGGGCAUGGACACGAGCAUUACUUGGUAUACAAGCAAAAGAAAUUCAUCUAUGUGGUGAAGCUUCGACAAUAAGACUUAUACAAGAGUUAAUGGUUACAACAGGUGACGAUGUAGAAGUUCGUGAAUAUAAACGAUUAACAAAAUUAAAUUAUCAAGAACGUGCAUUAGAAACAUUUGAUAAUGUCAAACCUGGCGAUUGUUUUGUAUGCUUCAGUAAAAAUGAUAUAUUUCAUAUAACACGUGAAUUAGAAAGACGUGGUCAUGAAGUAGCUGUUAUUUAUGGAUCAUUACCACCAGGUACGAAAUUAUUACAAGCACAACGUUUUAAUGAUCCAACUGAUUCAUGUAAAAUUAUGGUAGCAACCGAUGCUAUUGGCAUGGGUUUAAAUUUAAGUAUCAAACGUAUUAUAUUCUAUAGUCUUGUUAAACCACAGUUAAAUGAACAAGGAGAAAAAGAAAAAGAUGCUGUAACUACUUCACAAGCUUUACAAAUAGCUGGUCGAGCUGGAAGAUUUGCAAGUGCUUUUCCGGAUGGUGAAGUAACCACAUUUCGACGUGAUGAUUUACCAUUAUUAAAAGAAAUUGUUAGUCGACAAGUCGAAACAAUCAAACGUGCUGGACUUCAUCCAACUGCUGAACAAAUUGAAAUGUUUGCCUAUCAUCUACCUAAACAUUCACUUUCAAGUUUAAUUGAUAUCUUUGUACUUCUAUCACAAUUAGAUGAUAGUAUAUUUUUUAUGUGUAAUGUUGAAGAUGUUAAAUUUCUCGCAGAUAUUAUUGAACAUGUACCAUUACCAUUACGUGCUCGUUAUACAUUUUCUUGCGCACCAAUUAACAAAAAAAUGCCAUUUGUUUGUACUAUGUUUUUAAAAUAUGCUCGCCAAUAUAGUCGAAGUGAACCAACAACAUUUGAUUGGCUUGCAAAACAAAUUAGCUGGCCAUUUGAAAUACCAAAUACAAUCAUGGAUUUAGUACAUUUAGAAGAAGUAUUUGAUUGUUUAGAUUUAUAUUUAUGGCUAAGUUUUCGUUUUGCUGAUAUGUUUCCUGAUAAAGAAUUAGUUCGUGGUAUACAAGCUGAACUUGAUCAAAUUAUCCAUGCUGGUGUACAAAAUAUUGUUAAACUUAUACAUCGAGCAUCUCGUCUUGAAGAUGCAAAAGAUGUUGCUGUAACAACAUCGACUACAGAGAAAACAGCAGAAGUUGUUGCAGCUAUAAGUGAAGAAACAAAAUCAACGAAUAGUAGUACUAGAACAAAUGCACCACAAAUACGAUCAAUUAUUGGAUUAGAAGAAGAAUUAGAUAUUGAUACAACGAAUACAUUAACAACAUCUAUACCAGAUAAUAAAAUUGAAAAACCACAAGAGAAAUCAACAAUACCAUUGACUAUGAAUACACAUAAAGUUUUACAUUCAUAUUUGAAUGCAUUAAAAACUCAAGCUGAAACACGUGGACAUGAAUUUAAUGAAACUGAAGAUCUGAUCAAACAACUAAUAGCAAAAGGUUUACUUAGUCAACGUUCAGUUGAUAAACUUGAAAAACAAUUAGCUACAUUUAAUGAUAAUGAUAAAAAAACGAGUAAAAAACGGGAAACAACAAAAACGAUGACAUUUAAUAAUACUAAUAAGAAAAAUAAACUAAAAUAG